GGCUGCAUAACAGGUAACGAUUAUAAACAACAUUGGGGGCUUCCUGCUGUACGGGUUGGCACAUAGGAUCCGAACACACAUUUUUUAUUGCCUGGACAUAGAGAUAACAUUGAGGCCUAAUGAUUCUUCUUUCAUUGCACACCAGAAGGCUGGUACCCCACGUGUAUUGUGGACUGAAACCAGCUUCGCGGAAAAAGGGAAUUGCUUUUGAAAUGUCACGUCCAAGUUCUAAUCUGGCUGAUUUUCGAGAAACUUUUGCCAAGGCUAAGCACAUAGCAGUGAUUACAGGAGCUGGUGUUAGUGCUGAGAGUGGAGUUCCCACCUUCAGAGGAACUGGUGGAUACUGGAGGAAAUGGCAAGCCCAGCAUUUGGCAACACCUGAGGCCUUUGCCAGGAAUCCUUCUCGGGUCUGGGAGUUUUAUCAUUACCGUAGGGAAAUGAUGCUUACAAAAAAUCCUAAUCCCGCCCAUAUAGCCAUUGCUGAGUGUGAAGCCAGGCUUAGCAAACAGGGGCGGAAGGUUGUGGUCAUUACUCAGAACAUUGAUGAGUUGCACCGCAGAGCUGGCUCACAUAACCUCUAUGAAAUACAUGGGAGCUUGUUUAAAACCCGUUGUACCAACUGUGGCAGCGUAAGGGAAAACUACAAGAGUCCCGUGUGCCCAUCACUCGCUGGAAAGGGGGCUCCUGAGCCUGACGUACAGGAUGCUGGUGUCCCAGUAGAGGAUCUUCCCCGCUGUGAAGAAAAUGGCUGCAAUGGUCUUUUAAGGCCUAAUGUGGUGUGGUUUGGGGAGACUUUGGAUUCCAAUCUCCUUGGGGAAGUGGAGAAGGAAUUGGAAACGUGUGAUCUCUGUUUGGUGGUUGGGACAUCUUCUGUUGUCUACCCCGCUGCAAUGUUUGCACCACAAGUAGCCGCAAGAGGGAUGCCAGUGGCAGAAUUUAAUAUGGAAACAACACCAGCUACCACUGGCUUUACAUUUCAUUUCCAAGGACCAUGUGGAAAGACUCUGCCACCUGCCCUCGCCCCCCAUGAGACUGAAAUAAUUUCUUGAGGAUACACAAUGAACUCCUGUAUUUUCCAGAUAUGUAAUGGAAAUCCAUGCGAACAAAACAUCAUUUACUGUUAGAAGAUACAAGACCGUAUCUACAACAGGAUCUACAGAAAAGCACUUGUCAGCAAUAUGUGAAUGGAUUAUAACAACCUUAUUGGUGUUUCUGAAGUUGCAUUUUGGAACAUAAUUUGCCACAAAAACCCACUUAAUGCAUUUAAAGGCAAAAUUUCAAAUUCUGCUAUAUGCUAUUAUGUUCCCUUUGGUGUCUAUUUACAUUUCUGCUUUGUGAAAUUUAUAUUGAAUGUUUGCUUUAAGAUCCUAUUUAAGAAUAGAUUUUCUCAUUACUAAUGAAAUAGUGGCAGUUUAAAAGUAAGGUUAAUGGGUGCACUAAAUAAAGUUACAGGUUUUUUACAGAAAGCUUUAAUUUGACAAAAUUGUCAAAUGUUUGUUCUUAGGUCAAAUUAAGUAAUUUUUUUUUUUUGUAUUGUACAUUUACCAAAGGUGGAUACAUGUAUAACUCUUCUGCUGCGUUGGGAUGAUUAAUACUAAGAACAAUAAUGCCAAAUCAGAAUAAAUCAUUACAAAAAUCAAGUGGAAAUACCAAAUACUAAGCUUUUAAAAAUAUCUAAAUCAAAUAAACUUCAAAAAAUAUCGGAGUGUGGAAGAACAAUUGCCUUACAUAAAAUGCUGUGGUCCAUUAUGUUGCACUGUCUUGUAAAAACCAUGUGUAUUUUGGACUUAUUUGAUUGUAAGCACAAAUACAUUUUUAGAUGUAUAAAAAUGAGAAUAAACUAUAUUAUCCUA